GGUGGGCCUCGGCGCCAUUAUUGUUUCGUCACCGUUUCUGGCCUUUUUUUUGUUUCUUUUUCUCUCUUCCCCCCUACUGCUUAUUGUCUAUUUCUCUUCUCCUUUUUGUUUUCUGCUUUCCUCUUGCUCAAUUGAUACCCAUUGCGACGUUCACCGUUGUUACCUCUACCCAGGUAACUAACUGGUAGCCAUUCUUUUGUUCCUUAUUUUAAUGAUUAUUGUUUCAUAAAUGUAUAUGUUCGACUGUGGCACAGAACUCUAAUAGACCUCCCGCCAUGGCCCGCCGCUUUCUAGCCACUUGCACAACUCUGCUGCUGUCCCUCGGCGCCGUCGCCGACAAUUGGCCGUUCGUCACCCUGGCCACCGCCCCGUUCGUCCCUCCGGAACUGCAUGUCACAAAGAGCGGCGAGACGGAUCCCGGCUAUAUCUUCAUCGGCCCUCGUGGAAACCAGGACCAGGGUACCGCCGCUCUGAUCUACAGCGAUGACGGCCAUCUGGUCUACCAGGGCCCCACCGAGGUCGCCGCCAACUUCAAAGUGCAGAAGCUGUUCAAUGAAGACGUGAUUACCUUUUGGGCCGGAAACAUGAUGAAAUUGGGUUUUGGUUACGGAACAGUUCACAUCCUCGACAACACCUACCAGGAAAUCUACACCGUUAGGCUGCAGGAUAAUUUCGUCUCGCCCGAAGGUGACCACCAGGAAUCCUACAUCGAUCUUCACGAGAGUCACAUCACGACGCGCAACACCUUGCUGGUGACGGCUUACAAUGUGACGCAACACGAUCUCACCUCGAUUGGCGGCAAGCCGGAUGACUACAUGCUUGAUGGAAUGUUCUACGAGAUUGACAUUGCGACAAACGAGAUUGUGUUUUCGUGGAACGCGCUCAACCACCUGGACGAAAUCCCUCUAGAAAAAUCCAAGCAGGGUCUGGGAGGCGAUUUUGGAACGCACGAGAAACCUUGGGACGCCUACCACAUCAACUCGGUCAAUCUAUUGGAUGAUGGCUACAUCAUCUCUCUGCGCCAUUACUGGUCGGGUAUUCAUGUCCGCAACGAUGGCUCUGUUGCCUGGCAGCUCAGUGGAGAGAAAGGUGCCGGCGACUUUGAAAUUGACGACAACGCUAUUUUCUCGUGGCAGCAUGACAUCCGAAUCUACAACCAAACAUCAGAAGGCAUGGUUCUCAAUCUGUUUAACAAUGCCAACACUCCGACCGAUGAAGUGGCGCCCACGACUGGAUUGAGUCUGGGCGUGGACUUGGUCAACCGCAAGGUUAGCGCAUUGCGCGUUCUGAGCGACGAUGGUGAUGUCAUCCACAGUGUCAGUCAGGGCAGCUUCCAGCUCAUGAGCGAACAAACCAAUCAUGUCUUCCUGGGCUAUGGAUCGAUCGCCAAGGUGAAGGAGUACGAUGCCAACAACAACCAGGUUCUCAGCGCUCAAUUUGGGGAGGACAACGCCGUGGCGUCCUACCGAGGUUACAAAUGCCAGUGGAAGGCCACUCCGUUCUGGAAGCCUGCCUUGGUGGCUCAGCGCGCCCCGGAUGAUCUGACCCGGGUAUGGAUGAGCUGGAAUGGAGCCACUGAGUAUGACAAUUGGGCGAUCUACUCGGCACCUUCCUUGGACUCUGACGACACCAAGUUCCUCAAGACGGUCGAACGAGCCGGCUUUGAGACCCGAGUCGAUUUCACCGGGUUGAAAUCUUCUUUCCUGCAGGUGGUUGCGCGCAAGGGUGACAUCCCGCUUGGCACCUCUGAAAUUAUAACCUUCUAAAGGACCGAUGGCGACUUUCGAGUGGCACAUGACGUAUCCCAUCGGACUGUGUGCGACAUGAGGGCUAUUGGCUUCAGGAACAUAAUAUGUGCAUCUUAUAUAUACACAUACUCAUAACACCAACAUACUGACACAUUGGAAGCCAGAACAUAUUCAUUUGGAUAAUGUUUCUUGUAUAUAUACUCUUG